AUGGAAAAUGCCGAAGCCGAGCUCUCCGCACAGUUGUCUACACUAAUGUCGCAACCAACCGCAGACAACGAAAUCGUCAGCCCGGUACGACGCAUUUUGUGCUGGGGAGAAGCCGACAUUGUGAUGGAAAUUAACACCGGCUCACCCGUGUGCGUGGUGUCCUGGGACGUCUACUGCCAACAUCGCACAAGCUGGCCCUGCCUUGAAAAAUCCAGCUUGAAGUUGGUACGCUACUUGGGUCCGUUGCCUAUAACCGGGAAGCUAACGCUCACAGUUUCACAAUGCGGCACGACUGUUACGGCGUCACUGACCGUUGCUCGCGCCUUCGGCCCGAGCCUGUGCGGCCGUGAUCUCAUUCAGGCACUGCACAAUGAAGGGGUUGUGGUUUUGAGUGUGUCCAGCAUUAAGGAGCAAGGGCUAAACUUGCAAGCGAUCCUGCGUGAGUAUGGGGACGUGCUUGAACCUGAACCGGGUCUGUUCAAGGUUCCGCCCGCUCAUCUAUACAAGAAAGAGGAUGCAUUUCCAAAGUUCUUCAAAGCCAGGCCACUUCCAUAUGCAAUCCGAGAAAAGGUUUCUAACGAGCUGGACAGGCUUCUUAAAUCCGGAGUACUGUCGCCCGUGGCUCACUCGGAGUGGGCGACGCCGAUAGUUCCGGUAGUGAAGACGGAACAGCUCGCUUGUGUGGCGAUUACAAGCUAA